CUUGUACUUCAAUACCCCCUCCACUGCCAUGUCUACUGUUCUUGCUGCUUUGGACCCGACCGCACCGCAGUCACGCCUUACGGCCAAAGCCGAUCAAGAAGCGGCUCGCGAACGAUUCGAAGGUGCAUUCGGUAUCGUCAGAGACGAGUUAUUUGCGCACUUUGCAGCCCACAGGCUGCCGGCUGAUGCGGUUGAGUGGUACAGCCGUGUAUUGGAUUACAAUGUCCUUGGAGGAAAACUCAAUCGUGGUGUUACGGUAAUCGAUACGGUCCAAGUACUGAAGGGUAUCCCUUUAACGGACGACGAAUAUUUCAAGGCUUCUGUUCUUGGCUGGGCUGUCGAAUUCCUCCAGUCAUUCUUCCUUGUUGCAGACGAUGUAAUGGACUCUUCCAUCACACGUCGAGGUCGUCCAUGCUGGUAUCGACAACCUGGCGUAGGCACGACUGCUAUCAACGACGCGCUUCUUCUCGAAGGCGCCAUCUACAGAUUGCUUCGCACACACUUCAAGGGUACACCCUACUAUGCCGAACUGCUUGACCUCUUCCAUGACGUAACUUAUCAAACGGAAAUGGGACAGCUCGUUGAUCUAAUCACUGCUCCAGAAGAUAGAAUUGACCUCAGCAAAUUCUCGCUCGAGCGACACAGCCUGAUAGUGAUCUACAAGACAGCAUUCUAUUCGUUCUAUCUGCCCGUCGCUCUCGCCAUGCUUAUGUGCCGCAUUCCCUCCGACCCAUCUGAACCAUCAGACCCGUAUAAGCUGUCUCUCGAAAUUCUCCUUCCGUUGGGGGAAUACUUCCAAAUCCAAGACGAUUAUCUCGAUUUCGCUGGCACACCAGAGCAAAUAGGCAAGGUCGGCACGGACAUCAUCGACAACAAGUGCUCGUGGUGUAUCAACACUGCUCUCUCUGUGGCAACCCCCUCCCAGCGUGCUGUCCUAGACGCGAAUUAUGGGCGAAAGGACUCGGCGUGCGAGGCACGCGUUAAGGCGAUUUUUGAGGAGGUUGGGAUACGGGAGCGGUACGAUAAUUAUGAGAAGGAUGCCUAUGAGAGGAUCAGCGCUCUAAUCGACGACAUGCCUGAAGUUCAAAGUGCGGGUGGGAAUGCAGUGCUCAGAAGGGACGUGUUCAGGAUGUUUUUGGAGAAGAUCCACAGGCGACAGAAGUGAUGAAUUGGUGUCUUCGCAACCCAGUCGUACGCAGGCGAAGGUCAAAAUGUAACCGGAUCAUAAUCGAUUUCAUUAUAAUCCUC